GCGGCGCAGCCUUCGGUCUGCCUAGUCGUCCACAGCUCACAACCCGCGGAUUUACAAUCAACUAUUGACACCUAAUUUUGUCCGUGGAACUCUUCCUCUUCCAUCGGUAUAUUUUCUAAAUAUGAGGGGGCCACAGAAGAACAGAAAAUGUGUCAGGCAAACUCUUCUUACAAACAAAAUAAAAAAACAAAACACAGACUUCCGAUCAAAAUUAUUUCCUCAAUAGUGCAGCUGCAUGUGUGUGUUGAGAAACAGGAAGCAACCAGCAUACAGACCCCUUCACACACUAAGAUUAUCAAGGUGGUUUGUGUCUCCAACCAUGGUCUAGCUGAGGUCUCUGAUCUGUGAAGCAGCAGCAGCCCGCUCGCACUGAGCCAAGAUGUCCAGUAGCUCGGGCUACCCCCCCAACCAGGGGAGCUUCAGCAGCGAACAGAGCCGAUACCCACCUCAUUCUGUCCAGUACACCUUCACUGGCCCACGCCACCAACAGGAUUUCCCCGUCCCAGACUAUCGGACUCAUAUGCAGGAUCCUCAGGGUCGAAGAAGACCCUCUUUACUCUCUGAGUUUCACCCUGGAACUGAAAGGCCUCCAGAGAGACGCCAUGGUUACGAACAGCAAUUUCACUCCAUCACAUCCCAGGCGGAGCAUGAGGCUAUGGAGUCUAAACGGCCUCGCAUGGAGACUAUUGCUGAGGCUCACAUCACCCGCACUCCUCCUACAGCGGGGGGUUUAGUCCUGCCCAUGACCCAUACAGUACAGGACAGUCUGAGAGCCACCGUGGAGGUCAAAAAGGAAUCUCAGUUUUCUGUCAAAGUGGAGUCCCCAUCUCAAGGAGGACAUCCACUACACAUAGGGGAAGAGCAGGACACCUCUCCCUCCAAACUCUCCAAGGAGGAGCUGAUCCAGAGUAUGGACCGUGUGGACAGAGAGAUCGCUAAAGUGGAGCAGCAGAUUUUCAAGCUGAAGAAGAAGCAGCAACAACUGGAGGAGGAAGCAGCAAAGCCAGUGGAGCCAGAAAAGCCAGUGACCCCUCCCCCAGUGGAGCACAAGCACCGCAGCAUCGUCCAGAUCAUCUACGAUGAGAACAGAAAAAAAGCUGAAGAAGCCCAUAAAAUCCUGGAAGGUCUUGGCCCUAAGGUUGAGCUGCCCCUCUACAAUCAACCGUCAGACACCAAAGUGUACCACGACAACAUCAAGACGAACCAAGUCAUGAGGAAGAAGCUUAUUUUGUUCUUCAAGAGGAGGAAUCAUGCUCGCAAACAAAGGGAACAGAAGAUCUGCCAACGCUAUGACCAGCUGAUGGAAGCGUGGGAGAAGAAGGUGGAGCGGAUGGAGAACAACCCCCGACGCAAAGCCAAAGAGAGCAGAACACGGGAGUACUAUGAAAGGCAAUUCCCCGAGAUCCGCAAGCAGAGAGAGCAGCAGGAGCGCUUCCAGAGAGUUGGACAAAGAGGAACUGGCCUUUCUGCAACAAUUGCAAGAAGCGAGCAUGAGAUUUCUGAAAUCAUUGAUGGUCUUUCGGAGCAGGAGAACAAUGAGAAGCAGAUGAGACAGCUGUCCGUCAUCCCUCCCAUGAUGUACGACUCCGAGCAGAGGAGAGUGAAGUUCAUCAACAUGAAUGGCCUGAUGGACGACCCAAUGAAGGUGUACAAAGCCCGGCAGUUCAUGAAUGUUUGGACCGAGCAUGAAAAGGAGAUCUUUAAAGAGAAGUUUGUCCAACACCCCAAAAACUUUGGUCUGAUUGCCUCGUACCUGGAAAGAAAGUGCGUUGCUGACUGUGUCCUUUACUACUACUUGACCAAGAAGAACCACAACUACAAGACGCUAGUGAGAAGAAACUAUGGACGACGGAGAGGAAGGAACCAGCAGAUAACACGCCCCUCACAAGAAGACAAGUCAGACGACAAAAACGAAGAGGACAAAUCUGAGAAGUCUGAGAAAAAAGAGGACGAAGAAAAGAAGGAGGAGGAAGAGAAAGAUGAAAAGGAGGAGUCUAGGGACAUUGGCAAGGACAAAGAAAAGUGUGACGGUGGGGAGGACGAGGACGGGAAGGAGCAAAACACGCCGCGUGGCAGGAAGACUGCCAACAGCCAGGGCCGCCGUAAGGGAAGGAUCACCACCCGCUCCAUGGCCAAUGAAGCUGCGUCUGUGGCGGCUGAGGAAGCUCCUCCCCCUGCCCCCGAACCUGCCUUGCCAGAUCCUCCACAGCUCCCCAAACCUGACCCAGCACAGAAAGCCUUGAAGGAGCCUGCAAAACCACAGACUCCAACAGCGUCCAUGGAUGCUAACAAAGCUGGUGCUGGUGAAACCGGAGAAACUUCUCGCUGGACCGAGGAGGAGAUGGAGGUUGCCAAAAAAGGGCUAGUCGAGCAUGGGCGAGACUGGACAGCCAUUGCCAAAAUGGUGGGCACCAAAAGCGUGGCACAGUGCAAAAACUUCUACUUCAACUACAAGAGACGUCACAAUCUGGACAACUUGCUCCAGCAGCAUAAGCAGGAUACACGGCGGGCUCGUGCUGAUAGAUCUCAAGGUGAAGGUCUCGCCACAGCAUCACCCGAUGAUGAUGAUGAUGACAACGCAGAUGACAGUGAAGGUGGUGACAACAGCUCGGACACCGAGAGUGCCCCCUCCCCCUCUCAGGCAGAUUCCUCAAAGUCUGGGGACUCAAAGAGGGCAGACAGCACUGCAGGAGAUGCUCCCUGCUCUGACCAGGACAAAGGUCAGGCCAGUAAUGGAAAGGCCCUGGAGCCCUCAUAUGGAGAUCUCCGUGUCAAGGAGGAGAAGAGUCCAGAGAGUGAGGCUGGAUCUCAGGAGGAGAAGUCGAGGAUGGCCUCUUACGGAGGCUCAGUGCAUCCUAAAAUCGAACCUCAGGAUGUGGACAUGAAGAGCGGAGAGGUCCAGGUCAAGAUGGAGCCUGAGAUGAAGGAGAAAGGAGAAAAGGGAGAUCAUGGAGAGAGGCAGAGGGAGGUCCACUCUGAUAAUGACUCCAGCGCCACCUGCAGUGCUGACGAGGAUGUGGAAGCAGAGCCUGAAAGGAGAAUAUUCUCCAUGGAAAAGCCGACAUUGCUCAACCCUCCUGGCUCGGUGCUGGUGUCCUCACCCAAACAAGCACAGCUCAGUAUCCAGCAGCUGCACCAGCGGGCAGCGAACAUCCCACCCAUGGUUCCUGGUCCUUUUGGCCCCAGUGGCGUUCCCAUCAGCGGCUUUGCCAUGCUGCAGCACCAAAUCAAAGCAGCGCAUGAAUCAGCACACCAGGACGAGAAACAGAGGCAGGAUCAGGGAGACCUUGAGCGCAGACCCCCCUUCAACACCCGCAGCCCCACCAUACUGGACAGGGACGUCCUCCACCCUGCCCCCAACCAGCUGGUCCAAGGCAUGCCAGAUGGAGUCCGCGUCACGUUCAGCAGACCCAGUCGACCUCCCAACAUUCCCUCUCCUCCUCCGCUCAUUCCAACCACCAAGCCCACGGAUAAGCCUUCCUUCAUCCAGGGCGGAUCCAUCUCACAGGGAACUCCUGGCACAUACCUGCCAUCACACGCUGUCUAUGGACCCGAGGGGACAAAGAGCACCGUGGGCUCCAUCUCUUUGGGUCUGCCUCGGCAGCAAGAUCCCAGCAAACCAGGAUCAGCAGGUCCACCCAUGCAGGAUGGAAGAGGCAACCCAGGAAAGAUGGGCGAGGGUCUGGGUGUCAGAGGAUCGAUUACUCAGGGCACACCAGCUCUUUCCCAGUCCAGUAUUGCUGCUGACCUCCUGAAGGGUACAAUCACAAAGCUGGCCACAGAGGACCUGAGUGGUUCAGACAAGGCCAGAGGAGACCACCUGUCAAAGGGUCAUGUUAUUUAUGAAGGCAAGAGUGGUCACAUCCUCUCCUAUGAUGCAUCUAAAAGCUAUCAGGACGCCCAGAGGAAACACCCGAACCCUCAGCUCAGCCCCAGGCAUGAGCUGAAACGCACUUACGACAUGAUGGAGGGACCCAUGGGCCGGGGACAUCCUGGCAGGGAAGGAGCUCCAUUCGAAGGGUUAAUUAGCAGAGCCUUACCCAGAGAUGGCCUGCAUGGAGACUCAAAGGAUAGACCCCUGAUCACUGGAUCAAUCAUGCAAGGAACACCUAGAACAGCUGCAGAGUCCUAUGAAGAUGCCCUUAAAUACGGGAAGCAGAUAAAGCGAGAGAGCCCACCGAUCCGCUCAUUCGAAGGAGGCAUUGGCAAGGGCAAGCCUUAUGAAGGAGUCAACACUAUCAAAGAGAUGGGACGCUCCAUUCAUGAAAUCCCUAGACAAGAACAAUCUGGCCAGGACAUCUGCAAGACCCCAGACAUGUCAGACAGGAGGGUUAUGGAGGGAGCCAUGUCCCAGAUUCACCCUCUCAACCAACCCACCAUCAAGCACAACGUCAAAUCCCUGAUCACCAGUCCCAGCAAGCUUCCCCACAGCAUGCCGCAACUGGAUGUCAUGGAUAGAACCAAAUACGAGGAGGGCAAAGGAGUACGACACACCUCUGUGGUCAACUCCACCUCUGUCCUCCGCUCCACACACCAGGAGGCCGGCAAAUCUCAGCUCAGCCCGGGCAUGUACGAAGACCCCAACGCUCGCAGGACCCCUGUGAAUUAUAGCACCAAUCCUGUGUCCAGAGGAUCACCUAUGCUGGGACGAGCUCCGGAGGGUUCUAUGAGCGCAAAAUCAGCUGCACAUGAAAGAAAGAGUGCCAUGACCCCGACACAGAGGGACAGUGUCCCAGCCAAGUCCCCUGUGUCGGGUGGUGACCCCGUAGCCUCUCACAGCCCCUUCGACCCCCAUCACCGCCCUGUUGUUCCUGGGGAAGUGUACCGAGCUCACCUGCCUCCACAUCUCGACCCCACCCUGGCCUUCCACAGAGUGCUGGAUCCUGCCUUCAUGUUUCCCAGACAGCCAUCCCCAACAGGCUACCACAACACUUACCAGCUGUACACCAUGGAGAACACGCGGCAGACCAUCCUCAACGAUUAUAUCACCUCCCAGCAGAUGCAAGUCAUCCCUCGGCCUGACAUGGCCCGAGGCAUGUCGCCACGAGAACAGCCUGUCGCCAUCCCUUACGCCACUGGAACUCGAGGGAUUAUUGAUCUAGCCCAGAUGCCAACUAUCCUGUUGCCUCACCCUGGGGGAACAGGUACUCCCACUUUGGAACGCAUCGCCUACGUCCCUGGAGCUCAGCCCCCUUUCCCUCCUAGGGCUUUCAACCCAACCUCCAUAUCGCCAGGCCACCAAGCCCACCUCGCUGCAGCCGCUGCUGCCAGUGUGGAGAGGGAACGGGAGAGGGAGCGUGACCGGGAGCAGCAGGAGAAAGAGAGAGAGGAGAGAGAGAGGGAGCACAGGGAGAGAGAACGAGAGAGGGAACGAGAGAGGGAACGGGAAAUUCGUGAACGGGAGAGAGAGCGGGACCGGGAGCGGGAAUACAUCCGUGGAGGUGGACCAGAGCAGCCUGGUCGUCCAGGAAGUCGAGGUUAUCUCCACCCCCCCUCCCCCUCGCUCAGGACCCCGGAUGUUGUUGUGCAGCAGCGGCCGAGCAUCUUCCAGGGCAAGAGUGUCAUCACCUCUCUCAUGCCUCACUCAGCAGAGCCCACAUCAGUGUCGCAGAGUAACUCUCGAUACAGUACAGCUGCUGAUGCUCUGGCUGCUCUGGUGGACGCUGCAGCCUCCGCACCACAGAUGGACGUUGCCAAGUCAAAGGAGAGCAAACAUGAGCGUGAUGAAGAUAUCUCUCCUGCAGCACCUCGGCGCGCUUUUGCUGAACAGCAGCAACAAGAGGCAGAAAGGCGAUCCAUGCAGUCUCCAUAUGGAGCCAUGUCUCUGCCAGGGGGUAAACCUCAUCCUGCUUACUCUGAGGGCGCUCGAGGCGGGGAUAAGGACAAGGGCCCUCAAACGUCAAAAUCUCGCAUCGAAGAGGAGCUUCGGACUCGUGGAAAGACGACAAUCACAGCUGCUAACUUCAUAGAUGUCAUCAUCACACGGCAGAUCGCCUCGGACAAAGACUCACGAGAACGUGGCUCUCAGAGCUCAGACUCAUCCAGCAGCUUGUCAUCCAGUCGGUAUGACAACACUGGUGGAGGAGCCAUCGAGGUGAUCAGUCCUGCUAGUUCCCCGGUCCAAUCCCACCAGGACAAGCAAGAAGAAGGUCAGCCACAGUCUGCAGCUGCCAUGCGGGGCUACGACAUGGGUCGAUACCGGCCACCAGGGGAGCCACCGCAGCCCCCCUCCUCUCAGCCUGACAGCUACUCCCAAGUCCAGAAGACUCACCGCUUCAUGACCCUGGCAGAUCAUAUCUCGCAUAUCAUCACCCAGGAUUUUGCCCGUAAUCAGGACCCUCCUCCAGUCUCCUCCUCAGCUUCAGCCACAUUCCAGAGCACCGGGCCUCCCGUGUCCUCUUCAGGUCGAGGGAAGGUGCCCAGCCGUUACAGUCCAGAGAAUCAGGUCCAGGCUCCACACCACCAGAGACCCUCCAGUAGAGUUUCACCAGAGAACGCCAGUGAAAAGCCUCGAUCCAGGCCCGGUAAAUCUCCAGAACGAGGUGGCAGGCAGAUGGAAAACUAUGAACCCAUCUCUCCUCCACAGAGCUACCAAGGCAUGGACAAACAAGAGGGUGGAGGUCCACCACCCCAGAGGAGAGAGGGAGACAACUCUGAGAUCAGGAGUGACUCUCGGUCCCCGGGGAGUGUGAGCUAUCUGCCUUCCUUCUUCACCAAGCUGGAGAACACGUCGCCCAUGGUGGUGUCCAAGAAGCAGGAGAUCUUUCGUAAGUUGAACUCCACCUCUGGUGUCGGUGAUUCUGAUGUUGGAAAUGCACAACCAGGCACAGAGAUCUUCAACCUGCCAGCUGUUACCAGCUCCAGCAGCAUAAACCCCAGGAAUCACUCCUUCAGUGAUCCAGCCAGUAACCUGGGCCUGGAGGACAUCAUCCGCAAAGCCUUGAUGGGGAACUUGGAGGAGAGACAAGAGGAGCACCAGGCAGGUGUAGGGGCCAUGAACAGUGCCCCCGGCUCAGGCAGCGAUGCCCGUCAGGAAGCGAACCCGUCACCCAGUAUGGGAAAGCAGAAGCAAGGCAAAGCCAACAGUCGGAAAUCAAAGUCACCUAACCUGGGUCAGGCCUACGCUGGAGGGGAGAGACCCUCUUCAGUGUCCUCCGUCCACUCAGAGGGAGAUUAUCACAGGCAAGCCCAGGCCCAACCACAGUGGAGCUGGGAUGACCGACCCUCAUCCACAGGAUCCAUGCAGUUCCCUUACAACCCGCUGACCAUGCGCAUGCUGAGCAGCACGCCCCCCACCUCCAUCGCCUCCCCCACCAUACAGAGCCAGCAGCAGCCACAGCAGCAGCAGCAGCCUCCAGCUGGAGCCCCGGUGGCCCAGCAGCGAGUGUGGCAGUCUCUGCUGUCAGAGCAAUACGAGACCCUGUCCGACAGCGACGACUGAGCCCUGCUGCCAAAGCCCCGAAAACCUGAGGAGAGGUCUGCGCUGAGGCUUGUCUGUUCACCCCCCGCCUCCUAGAACUAACCUCGCUCACUGAGUGCGACAAGAAGACGGGGUGGUGUUCUCUUUUUUUUUGGUGCUAUGGCGCCCCCUGGCUGUUAGCUGAGAGUACAAGCAGCAGCCUGUGACAGGCAGGGCUCUCCAGAACAAGACUCGCUUUUGGAAGCACUCACCCAGCCUGUCAAGGGGGAAAACAAAUCUCGAUUGAGGGGACGAGCUAGAGUGAAGAUGAAGAACUUAAUAUGUAAAAAGAAACAACAUAAGAGAAUAUUUCUGAAUUUUUUUGUUUGAUUUCUGUAAAGAAAUCUCUUGUCUUUAAGAAAAUCAUUGUAUGUAAAUAGAGUAACCUUUUGCAGUGUUUUUCUUAACUUGAUUAUUUCUUAUUUUAAUGUUGCUUUUAAAUUGAUCCACUUUAAACGGGAAGAGCUCGGGUGAAUCUUUAAUAUCACAGUCGGUCUCUCACAGUCCACCCUCCACCCCACGCCACCUGACACCCGCUCUGAUAUUUUUACCAUAGUGACGCAAAGAAAGACCAGACUUUUGGUUUGUACUUGUACCAUGAGUGGAGCACAGAGAUCAUGCCGCCCUGCGCGCCCUCCACCAAGCACCACCAGAGCCUGAAUAUCGCGGACAUUCAAGGAUGAGACACAACACAGACUAACAUUUCAAACAGCUUCGAUAUUCAAUGCCUGUCUUCGCCACACUGUGGAGACGAUGCAUGGAUUGUAACUUCUUACCCCAUACUAGACAGAGAAAUGUCUUCAAAACAAGUUGAGAACACUGGUGUCAUAGCAGAAAGGUGAAAAGUCUGAUAUAAGCUUAAUGUUUUGCCAGAAAAAGAUAUCCUUAUGACUACUCCUGGACCCCGUCUGAAUGAUGAAAGUGAGCCAAUGUUUUCUUCUUUUUUUUUUUUUUUUUUUUUUUUCAAUAGAGCCAUGGUGUGUCACAUGUAGCUGUCUCUCUCUGCAGUUUCCAACCUGUCCAGAAUGAUCUGCUCUGCAACGUUGUCAUGGUAAAUUAAAGAGUCAGGUUUUGCCAUGCCUUGUGACUUGAGAAAGAAGGCAGCUUUAACUAAUUUUCUCAGAGAUAUUCGUUGGUGUUUGAUGUUUGUAUGUGUUUCUGUAGUCCCUUUUUUUUUCUUUUUUUUUAUUUGAUACUGUCCUGACAAAAAUCUGAACUCUGUAAAAUUGUCUUUCCAUAAUACAAAAAGACAAAACUAACCAAACAUAAAGAAUGGUCUGCACCAUUGUUGCACUUUUUUGCUUUGUAGCUUUUGACAAAAAAAAGAGAGAAAAAAAAAGAAAAAAAAAUCAUACUACCUGCUGUGUAACUUAUUCAACCUCCAGCACAGGAGUAUACUAAGAUGUGCUUUAAGUUUUCUCCCACCACUUACAGAAAUCUGGAUGUUUUUAAACCCUCUGUCUUUUCUUGUAGCUGGUACAUGAUUUAACAGUGUGACACUUGCAUCACAGUUACAGUUUUGAGUGUAUGGUACUGUUAAAUGUUUUGGAGUUUGCCGUCAUGGUGAAUCAAAUCCAUGGCUACUUAAUCUCUGCUUUCAAUGUGUCAAUCAACCGGCAUAAAGCUUUUAAAACUAACUAUAUACUAGGUCAACUUCAUAUAUGGCAGUAACGUUUCUUUGCUACUUAUUUAGAUAUGUGAAUAAACACAAUACUAUGGCUUUUCAGAAUUCUCUUUGCUCGGUUAACAAAUCCAUUCUGCUCUGAACUUGAUACUUCCUUUGUUCCUUUCAUUUUGCUUUUGAGUCAUUUGUCAAAGCACAUGUUCAGAUUUUUAUUUCCUGUCAUUUUUCAACAUCUGUGUUUUUUCAUCCCGUUAAAACUGGGAUGUUAUGUGUUUACAAAGGCAAUGACAAAAAAAAGUUUACAAACUUGAAUCUUAAAGAAAUCCGACAUGAAGCCGAAAAAGAAUUGGAGCAUCUUUUCAGCUCUCUAUCAAACAAACACACAGUGAUGACUUUUUUUUGUCUUUUUGAAAUUGAGACUUGAAAACCCGUGUAUCCUAUGAUGUUGAAAUGCAAUGUUUGUAUCGCACAAUGUCUCUUAGUAGGCUAUUGCAAGAGUUCAGACCAAUCAAAUAAAGUGGAUCAGUUCUCCA